AUGAAUUCUACAAGUAUUUGUCCAGAUGUAGUUCCAAAAUAUUAUACAGUGACUUUAACACUAAUGGCUUGUAUUUCAUUUCCAAUUAAUUCAACUGGUGUUUGGCUUGUUUGGUUUCAUUCUCCACAAAUGGGAAAAUUCAAAUAUUGUUUGAUGUAUUUACAGGUAACUUAUUUCUAGAAAAUUUGUAAGAAAAUACCUAGUUUCUUUUAUAAGAUUGCAACAUUCAUGACUGAAAACUGGUUUUCAUUUUCCCCCGGAUAUUAUUUUUUCCCGAUGAUCGCAGGUUACAAUCUUUCAUUUCUUGGUGAAUUUCUGACUGGUCAUAUUGUAAUGACUAUUUGGGGUACUUUACUUUGUUUCGAACUUCCUUCAUUAUUUAUUUGUUUUAUGUAUCGACAUGAUGCUGCAAUUGGAAUUAAUAAUUCAAAAAAUUCUUUGAAAUAUUUGAAUUAUUUUUCCUCAUUUGUUGCUCAUUUAUUGCCACCAUUUUUUGCAACUACAUUUCAAUUGUCAUUAUUAACAUACGAUCAGAAAUACAAUCUGCUGAAGACGGUAUACUAAUGUUUUGAAUAUCUUACAUAACUUUUCAAUUCAGAAAUAUCCACAAUGUUUACAUUUUGCUGAUAAUCGCUCAUUUGAGGUUUAUGAUUGGAAUAUAAAUUCAUGGAUUAUAACUUGUGGAAUUGGAUCAUUAGCUCUAGCAUUAAUCGUGGUUUCGUAUGGAUUUGGUUUGGGAAUUCACACAAUGCAUAUAUUACAUAAAUUACGUGUUCAUAUGUCAGCUGAAACUUUUAAAAUGCAUAAAAGUGCAUUAAUUAGUUUAUCAAUGCAAUGUGUUAUUCCAUCAAUUUUUUUGAUUGUUCCAAUAUACACAAUUCUUGUAAUUGUUAUUUACCAGAUAAAUGGCUUACAUGGUAUGCAAAAACUUUUAUCUUUCAUUUAAAAUGGUAUUUUUCAGAACACAUAAAUUUUGCAUUUUUUGGAAUCUGUUCCCAUUCUUGUAUAUCAACAAUUGUUAUGAUAACAACAAAUUCGAGAUAUUUAUCAACACUAAAGAAUAAGUUAAAACCAGUGCUCAUUUUUCAAAAAGCUCCGAUUCAUCGCAGAUCGAUAUCAGUUAGCAUACCAAGAUCAAUGAGUAUUGUUAGAAACUAGUAAUAAUUUUAAAGAUGUAUGAACCAAAUGUAAAUGUUUUUCAUAAAAUUUGAUAAUGAUUCGCUUACCAACAGAUAUUAAUAAAAUACAAACAAUAAAAGUGUCUUACAUCGGGAAGAGUUUGAAGAUAAAUGAUAACUCUUUCACAACGUUUUAAAUUACUAAUCAUUCUUUGAGCAAAUGACUCAUAAAUAUCAUUAAACACUUCCUUAUUUCAUAAAUCACGAUUAUCAUACUUAUGUGUUCUCUUAUCUCUAUAACCUUAUAAUUAAAGGUACAUAGCAUGUAAUUUAAAAAAGAAUAGUGAUACUCGUAUUUUUUCGGUAAAUUCAAUAAAACAAAUACUUUUGAUUUUUCAAAAUUAUUAUCAUUUGUGUCUGCUAAAAAGUAAUUUGAUUCUAUAAAUGUUUUCACUUAAAAAACCGGAGCCUUUUAUACUUCAAAUCACCUGUAGUUUGAUAAUGUUUUGACAUUUAGAAAAAUUACGACGAAAUCAUUUAUUUUCACUUUUAUUUUCAAACAAUGAACAGCUCAGAUAUUUGUCCAGAUGUAGUUCCAAAAUAUUAUACAGUAACUCUAACUCUAAUGACAAUUAUAUCAUUUCCAAUUAAUUCAACUGGUGUUUGGCUUGUUUGGUUUCAUUCUCCACAAAUGGGAAAAUUCAAAUAUUGUUUGAUGUAUUUACAGGUAAAGUUGAAUAAAUAAGAAUGAAUCUUGAAAAACGGAUUCAUAAACUUUAGAUCGUAACAUUCACGACUGAAAAUUGGGCUUCUUAUCUUUCUCCUGGUUACUUUUUCUUUCCAAUGAUCGCUGGUUACAAUAUUUCUUUCAUGGGUGAAUUAAUAACUGGAAAAAUAUCAAUUCUUAUAUGGAUUGUAUUACUUUGUUUCGAACUUCCUUCAUUAUUUAUUUGUUUUAUGUAUCGACAUGAUGCUGCAAUUGGAAUCAACAAAUCCAAAAACUCAUUACUAUAUGUGAACUACUUUGCAUUAUUUGUUGCUCAUGUAUUACCAGUUUUUACUGGAGUUACAUUUCGUUUAUCUGCAUUGUCAUACAAUGAAAUGUAUACAUUGUUGAAAACGGUAACUAAAAUUUCGAAGAUAAUUUGUAAUACAAAAAGAAAAUUCAGAAAUAUCCGCAAUGUUUACAUUUUGUUGAUAAUCGUUCGUUUGAUAUUUAUGAUUGGAAUAUAAAUGUAUGGAUUGCAGUUUGUGGAAUUGGAUCAUUAGCUAUAGUACUAAUUGUAGUUUUAUAUGGCUUUUGUCUGGUUAUUCAUACAAUGCAUAUUUUACAUAAAUUACGUGUUCAUAUGUCAGCUGAAACUUUUAAAAUGCAUAAAAGUGCAUUAAUCAGUUUAUCAAUGCAAUGUGUUAUUCCAUCACUCUUUUUAAUUGUCCCAAUUUAUACACUUCUUAUAAUAAUUGCUUAUCAAAUAACUGAUUUACGUGGUAGGAAUAUCUAUACAACAAUCAUUAGUGAUAAUUUCACUUUUCAGAAUAUUCAAGCUGUGCCAUGUUUGGUAUUUGUUCUCAUUCUUGUAUUUCAACAAUUGUUAUGAUAACAACAAAUUCGAGAUAUAUAUCAACAUUGAAAAAUAAAAUGAGGUAAAUUUGUUGAUUUCGUUUUGAUCAUUAUAAAAAUUUAUCACACUCAGGUAUUUUCUAUGCCUACAAAAUGCUGCAGGUCAAGAAAGAACAAAUCUGGUAUCAGUUAGUGUAGCAAGGACUACUGUUAAUAUUAACUCAUAAGCUUAAUUUUCGUAAACUAUCAAAUGUAAUUAUCAUAAGAACAUUUCAUAUCACCUGUUUUUGAUUGGGAAACCCAAUCUCUCGAAAAAUUAAAUGACAUAACUUUUGAUACAGAAAUAUUCGCAAUGUUUACAUUUUGUUGAUAAUCGGUCAUUUGUGGUUUAUGAUUGGAUUAUAAAUGUAUGGAUUACUGUCUGUUAAAUUGCAUAGCGAAAAAAAAGACAAUAUGUUUCGUCAUAACUAAUUGAACACCUAUAUUUUUUGUUUCAAACUUAUCAUUAUUUUAGUAUAUUUAAGAAUAGUAGUUACAAACAUCAGAAAAAUAUUCAAAUGAAUUCAACUAAAAUUUGUCCCGAAAAAAUUCCAGUCUAUUAUACUUAUGUUUUGAGUGUUAUUACAUUCAUCUCAUUUCCUGUCAAUAUUGUCGGUGCCUGUAUUUUUUGGUAUAAUUCAAUGGGAAAUUACAAAUACUGUGUAUUGUAUUACCAGGUUUUUCUUCUUCAAAACAUAUCUAAAAAUCAAAUAGAUUUUAGAUCACAGCAUUUCUCGCCGAAAAUUGGUCUUCUUUUCUGGCACCUGGAUAUUACUUUUUCCCAAUGAUUGCAGGUGUUAAUUUAUCUUAUCUUGGAGAAUGUUGGACGGGUCAUAUCACAGCUGUUAUUUGGAAUUGGAUUUUUGGAUUUGAGUUACCUUCACUUGUUUUGUGUUUCAUUUAUAGACAUACAAGUGUCAUAACAGUAAAUAAGGUGAUAAAAAAAUACAAAAAUGACAGUUAUUAG